GUCAGACAUCUAUAUAAUGUGCACAUGAUAAAAGCAAAUGAGAUCAAAUAACACCGUUUAUAAUAUGGGAAGAAUAAUCAGUGUUCCGCUCUAUAUCCUGAUGUGUAUUAGUUAUGCUUAUUGUUCCGUUUUACCAAAAAGUUACGAUCGUUAUCCGAAGGAGGAAUUGAGAAGCGUCAUGAAUUUGUUUGAAAACCUAGCAUCCAAAGAUGGACUUAUUAAAUCAAAUGACGCUGGUUUAUUGUCUAUGAACAAGGAACACACUAAUGUAGACCAUGAAGGAGUUAAACCUUAUCACGUUUACUUGGCAAUAAAAACAAAAGAUGGCGCUGCAGAAGAGGAGCAGACGACGGACAAACGAGUCCAAGAUAGAGGAAUUGACUAUUGGUUAGGUGGUGGGCGCUUCGGGAAACGAUAUUAUGAUUAUGGUUUGACCAAAACCCGAUUUGGUCGAAGCGUGGAUCAUAUAGAUCUAAAUGAAGAUGGGGAUAAUUGAAAUCCUUUUGACUGGUUUACAGUGAAAGCUUACGAACAAAUAGAAAAGUUUUGAAUAUAUAUAUAUAAUAUGUAAAUGG